CGCGUGAAGAGUUUAUCACGCGUAGACGGACGACGUGCAUAAGUCAGUAAACGUUUGUACAUCGCGAAAUAAAGACGCGUUCGUACGCAUAUCACAAUGAAAAGUCCGUGAUAAUGACGCGAACUUCGUAAUAGUACAAUUUUAUUAACUUACUUUUUUGAUAUUUGAAAAGUGUACCCUAUUUAUUUUCUAUAUGAAAAAUAUGUGAUAAUAGUUUUAAGCACCUACCCUAAUAUAUUAACUGUGAUAUUGUGUUACAAUUAUUAUUGAAAUAAAUUUUAUUGAAAAUGGCAGAUGAAAAGAAUGACUCGUCUCCUUUCCUCAAAAAUGGAGAAAAGCCGCCUAUCAUCACUACUAAGAGUAAAAAGCAGCCGGAUCCGAGUAAGGCCGGUAGGGGGAAGGCUCUUAGGCAGAUCGUGGCUGCAUUUAUAGUAAAUCUGGGAACUAUUAACACGGGCAUGGCCUUCGGGUUCUCGGCAACCGCACUACCUCAGCUGAAGAGCAAUACCUCAAGCAUACAUAUCACGGAUGACCAGGCCAGUUGGAUAGCGAGUUUGAGCGCGGCUGGAACACCCAUGGGGUGCAUCGUUAGCGGGUACUUGAUGGACGCCAUCGGCCGCCGUCUGACCCUCAUUCUGACCGAGAUUCCACUGAUUUCGGGCUGGGUCUUGAUAGCCUCGGCACAAAACGUUCCUAUGUUGUAUAUCGGUAGACUGCUGAUAGGAUUCGGAUCGGGCAUGGUGGGUGCCCCAGCUCGCGUGUACACCGCCGAGGUGUCGCAGCCUCAUCUGCGAGGGAUGCUGGGAGCGCUGGCUUCCGUUGGAGUGUCCUCUGGAGUCUUGGUUCAAUAUGUCAUCGGUAGUGCCACAACAUGGAACGUAUUGGCCGGAAUAAGCGUCGUCGUUCCCGUACUUUCGUUACUAGGAAUGUUGAUGUUGCCAGAGACGCCCAACUACUUGCUCACCAACGACAAAGUGGACAAAGCUCAGGCUUCUCUAAAGAAAAUGAGGGGUUCAACGUACAACGUCAACGAAGAGAUCCAGAGAAUGAUCACGUUCAAAGAGAAGAAUUGCGUUGAACCAUUAAAAAGCCCACGGGAAAUCAUAAAGGCAUUGCUGUCGCCGUCCGCCCUAAAGCCGUUCAGCAUUCUGGCGGUAUAUUUCUUCCUGUACCAGUGGUGCGGCGUGAAUACCAUCACUUUCUACGCCGUUGAAGUAUUUGAGGCUUCUGGGGCGGCAUUGGACAAAUAUUGGCUCACCAUAGCAAUGGGUAUCAUCCGUGUCAUAUUCACCGUGGUGGGCUGCAUAUUGUGUCGGCGUUGCGGUCGGCGACCGCUCACCUUUGUGUCUGCGAUCGGCUGCGGCACCACGAUGAUCACUCUCGCCGUAUACAUGUACUUCGUGCACUACUGGCGAGAGAACAACAUCCCUCCGUGUCACUCAUGGAUCCCGGUGGCCAGCAUCUUCAUCUUCACCAUCUCCUGCACGCUGGGCUACCUGAUCGUGCCCUGGGUGAUGAUCGGGGAGGUUUAUCCGACGCAGGUGCGUGGUAUAGUCGGUGGUUUGACUACGUGCGCGGCUCACCUGUCAGUGUUCUCCGUAGUGAAGACGUUCCCGCUGCUGAAGCACCUGCUCAAUGACUACGGCACCUUCGCGCUCUACGGAACUAUGUCUAUAGCCGGUACGGUCUUUUACUACUUCUUCUUACCAGAGACAAAAGGAAGGACCCUUCAAGAGAUCGAAGAUUACUUCUGUGGCAGAACGAAGACGCUCAAGAAAGCCUCCUUGACCAGCGCAGCGUGAAAACCUACUAUUAAAUAACUCAACAAUCGAAUAUGUACUUUAUGCACACGAGAAUACGUUAGUUUUAACUUAUUUAUUUUCGAAAUUGUCUCUUAAUGCGGCGGUUAAUUUAAAAUUACCAUACGA